AAGAAACAGGAUUGCGGUUUGUUUUGAACACCAUUAUAUUUAAAACGUUUAAAAGUGUGAUUAUCUACUAUGGUCAACGGAUUGUACGCAGUCUAGAUAUAAAUAGCAGUCGAAACAUUCCAUAUUAAAGCUCAAACCAAUUACAUCGUAAACAUUAUGCUACAUAAAUGUGUGGUCGGUGGUUGUCCGAACCGAUCGGACACUAUUAUUCAUUAUAUGUUACCAGAGGAUCCGAAAAGACGCAGUUUGUGGUUAAAGUUUAUUGAAGACAGUAAAGCUGAUGGGCAAGACGCGACUUCUUCAUGUCGGGUGUGCGGGGAUCAUUUCUCUGAGGAGAACUACUUCAAAAUGGAUCUGGGUUACACCACAUGCAUGAUACUAAGCGUGGACGCGGUUCCCACAGUACACACUGUAAGUCCACCGUCUGAGACCGAAAGGGAGAUAGAGGAAACAGAAGUAGAUGAGAGUGUGGAGGAUGACACAUGUAGAAUCACCAUUUCCGAGGCUGUUUCACUUGCUUGUGUCAAAGAGGAGCCUUUUGAAUAUGAGCUGAGUACCAACAUGACACCUGGACAAGAGCAGAACUCCUCACUGGAUGACAGUGUUAAAUAUGAGGAGAAUGAGCUGGCCGUUUCUGAGGACGGCAUCUCGACCGUAAUUUUCGGGGUUAAAGAAAGUCAUGGCAGAAAGUUUAUCAGCUGUCUAACUUGUGGCCAGAGAUUCCGUAGUAAACGCAACCUAAUGAAGCAUCGACGGGCUACUCACACUAAAAAGAACACCGAAUCUGAAGUCAAAGACAGAUUUUAUGUUUGUUCAAUAUGUGGGGAGAGGUUUCAUCAAAUGAGUCUGCUUUUGCGCCAUCGUGCCCUACACACCAAAGAGAAUCCCGAAGGGAGGUUCGUGUGCCGACAGUGUGGAAAGGGCUUCCCCCAUCAGGCUUUUUUGAAAGCUCACCAGAAAGUUCAUGAGGAUGCAGAGUCGGCCAUGCCGUUCACGUGCCAUUUAUGUCCCAGACGUUUCGGCUACAAAGUUGCUCUGGUUGCUCACAUGAAACAUCACUCGUCCAAACUCAUAUGCGCCUGCCCCGUCUGUGAAAAGAGCUUCCAGUUCAGAGGUUCCCUCGUUCAACAUCUCAAAUCAUCUCAUGCUGGAGAGAAACUUGUGUGUACGACCUGCGAUAAGGGUUUCCUAAGAGUCAAUGGCUACGUCAAACACAUGGACAAACACAACGUGAUGACCCCGUUCUACUGCGACAUCUGCCAAAUUUACUUCUCACAGCGAGGCUACGCGGCACACAUGCUCACCCAUGAACAGAAGAGCCUUCCGGAGCAACAUCAGCUUGAUGAGUCUGUUGAGGACCAACUAAAUGAUACUGAAAUAAGUCUUGUCAGUGUGAAUAGCUCUGAGGAAGGAAUGGAUCCAGUGACUGUGGGGGAGGAAGAGGCCGGGAUGGAGGCACUCAGUGAAGAUGAGAUGGAAGAUUUGUCUGGGAGUUCAAUGGAUCCAUCAACAGUUGAAGAUGUGGAGUCUGAAAAUAUGGUUGUGGAAAAGGAACUUGCCCAAGAUAAUCAUGAAGAGAAGGAGAAGAGCGAGGAUAGCUCUGGCACACAAUGAGAUCUCAGUCUGAACAAGUACUGUAUAAUAAAUGGCAUAGUUUUUUUUAUAUUUAGUUUACCCAAGGCAAAACACUCAUUCAUUUUUUCUUUCACUAGUUAGGUGUACGUUUAAACCUAAGGGUCUGAUUUUGUUACAUGGUUAAUUAAACUAAAUAUUGCAUAUUGUCGGCAGAUUUCUGUUUUUUUUUUUUUUUUUUUUACAGAACAUGCAACCAUAUAUUGUACGUACGUUUGAUUGUCUUUUUUAUCAUGUAGGAAAUGUAAGUCUCUGUGGUGUUAGUUAUAAUGUUUAGCUGCUAUUGAUCUUUAGAUAUUCUUUAGACAUUCUAUGUGCAUAUUUUGACAUACUGAAAAAACUGUUAAAAUAUCAUGUAUGAUUUUUACUUAAAGACUGA